AUGCACGCCAGUAGUAGUGCCUCCAAUCUCUCAUCUGAACGCCCUUCCUUCACUACUGCCGGACCUGCCACUGCAUCACCGCAUCAUCUCUAUCAGUCCGCCUCUUCCUCAAAUCUGAUUGGUCAAGAUGGUGCCCCUACUGCUACUGCCGCCCCUCGAAAGAACCCAUUCGAGGACUUGGACCCCUUCUUCGAGGCUGCUGCUGCGAGUGCUGCUUCUGUGCAUGGUGCCGCAUCAACUGGCCAGAGUCCCUUCCACAAAUCUUCAGGUAAGUGCUAG